AUGUCGAAGGUCUUCAGGGACUACAAAACCAUCGCGGCUGAGAAGCAGCUGGAACGCCAGAGCAGAAUCCCCAAGGAGUGGCUGCUUCCCUCUGAUCACUACCAUGGAGCCUCAAAUCUCAUGCAGGUGCCGCGGACGUGUGGCAUCUUGACCGACACCGAGUACCAAAUCACUUCCGACUUUGACGCCACUGCGCUUCUGGAGAAGCUCAAGGACGGGGUUUGGUCGGCGGAACAGGUCACAGUCGCCUUUUGUAAGAGGGCAGCCAUUGCUCAGCAGUUGACCAAUUGCUUAACCGAAAUUUUCUUUGACAAAGCCGUCGAACGAGCCCGGGCACUCGAUCGUGAACGGCAGGAGAAUCCGAAAAAGCCUCUUCGUCCGUUUCACGGCCUCCCAAUCUCUCUCAAAGAUAGUUUCCAAGUUUCGGGAUACGACACAUCGACUGGACUGGCAUGUUUUGUCAAUGAACCAGCAGAUGAAGACAGCGGAACCGCGGCCAUGCUGCUUGAAUUGGGCGCCGUGCUUUACUGCAAGACGAAUCUUCCACAAACAAUUAUGACUGGUGAUAGCCACAACAAUGUCUUCGGCAGGACCUUGAAUCCACGCAACACGGCGUUGACGGCAGGUGGAAGCACCGGUGGCGAGGGCGCCCUUCUUGCUCUUCGAGGAAGCGUGCUCGGUGUUGGUACAGACAUUGGCGGGAGCAUUCGUGUCCCCGCCGUCUGCAACGGCAUCUAUGGGUUUAGACCCAGUGUCGGGCUGGUGCCGCAUGGGGGCGUAAGGGACCUCACGACUCCGGGAACGGAUGGGGUGCGCUCGUCGGCAGGCCCCAUGUCGACGUCGCUUCGGGAUGUUGCUCUUUUCCUCAAAACCACUAUGCAGGCAGGAACUUGGUGGUAUGACAGCACCGUGAUAUCUAUCCCGUGGGUGAAUCACGAACCCAAGGAAAAGCUUCGAAUCGGCCUCGUGUUGGACGACGGUAUCUACACCCCUUCGCCGCCUGUUCGACGUGGCCUCCAAAAGGCAGUGGAUCUGCUCCAAGCAAGCGAGAACAUUGAACUCAUUCCUCUUGUUUUGCCCGACGUCAAAGAGCAUUAUGGCGACCUGAUCAAGUACUGGACACUGCUGGGAAGCGAGAACUACCUUGAGCUAUUCGCCCGGACGGGGGAGCCCGAGGUUCCUUCCGUCCAAGCCAUUGGGAUCACUUCAUUCCCAGCCACUGACCUGCGCGGCUUCUUCAAUCUCAAUGUGCGCCGUCAAGCAGCAGCACGCAACUAUCUCAAGCUCUUCCGUGACAACGGCAUCGACGCGAUCUUGAUGCCGCCAGCCCAGCACACCGCCGUGCCUUUGGACAAAUGGACCACGGCCACUUACACUGGCCUGUGGAAUUACCUCGACUACCCGGCCGUUGUCAUUCCCGUGGACACGGUGUGUGAGUCCGACGUUGUGGAUGAUCUCAGCAAUGCCAAAUACGGCGCCGAGGAUGCUCGGAUGUAUAGUCUUUACACGGGACCCGCGGAAUAUAAAGACGCACCUAUUUGUGUGCAGCUGGUGGGGUACCGAUAUGCAGAUGAAGCGUUAGCCAACACAGCUGCCCUAGUCGAUUCGAUCAUCAACGGCACCAAAUGA